AUGCGAUCCCAAUCUCUCACCUCAGACCAGUCCUUCCCCCCAAUCUUCCACGACAUGAUGUCCAAAAUGGCAGACAUGGGCGCCGCCGUCACCGCACAGGUCCAGCUCCGCGACGAAGAACACCACCACCACCAAGACCGCCUCCGCCGCGCCUUCCUCGCCGUCGAGCACGCCUCGCGCGAGGUCGGACGUGCCGGCAACGCCUUCGACAUAGCCCGGCGCGACCUCGACAUGGCCCUCGAGCAGCAGAACAUCACCAUCGCGGCGCUGAAGACACUUCUGGACGCCGAUGGAGUUGAGGUGCAGCCGGUACAGUAA